CCCAACACUUGAAAUAGUAAAGAAGAAAAUAAACAUUUGUAUUUACAAUGAGUGGCGGAAAAGAGCUAAAAGCCUUGAUUAAGGACAUCCGGGAGACGUUAAAGCUGGGCAAGCACGCGGAGGCCAUACCUAAGUGUCAGCGCCUGCUAAAAUCGGAUCCCAAGAACGCCAUGGGCUACUUGUUGCUCGGGGCCGCCUACCAGAAUAUAGACAAGGCGGAGGCAGCCAAGAACCUGAGGCAGUGCAUCGAGUUCACGGAGGGACCCGCCACCGCCGCUCUCCUGGGUCUGGCCAACUGCGCGCCCAGCAACGAGCUGCCGGAGAUCUACGAUCAACUGGCGGAUCUGCAACCAGAACAAUCCUUGGACUUUUGGGAGAAGCUUUUCAACUUGGCUUCAGAUUCAAGUUUGGCACCCGCUUGCUUUGCUGUAUUAAAAAAGAGGGUUAAAAACCCAGAGGACAAAAAUUAUGGCAAAAUCCUGGAAUACCUGGCACGCAUUUGGUUCGCCAACGAUUUUGAAGUCACACCAGAAGAUUCUGAACUUUAUAAAACAACGAUGGAAGCUCUGCUGGCCAGCGGUGAUUCAAAUGCCAAGAGCGUCGUCUACAAGCGCUACCUUAAGUGGCUCUACAAGGAGAAGGAUUUUGUGGCCUGUGUGCGGCACGCCUGCAACAUGGUCGAAUCUCAUCCCAAGGAUGUCUACGGCUUUGAGUGGAUAUGCAAGACGUACUGCGAAAACCACGAUCAACCAAACCGAGAUCUCUGGCAGCAGGAGUUGAGACAUCCCAUCCAGGUGUACGCUGAGCAACUGCUGCAACUAAAUCCGAACUCCAACUUGGCCCUGUUGAUCAAGGCACUGGACCUUUAUGUUGAGGGGCAAUUUGUGGCAUCCAGACAGUUGGCGCUGCAAGCGCAGCAAAGCCAUCCAGCGUACAAGGUGACGCUGGAGCUUUUAGCCAACAUCCACAUGGAGCUGGGCGCCUACAAGCUGGCUCUUCAGCUGUGGCGGCAGCUUGGGCAGGAAAACGAAGCUUAUGCUCUGUGUUUAGCGCACGAAAAGGAGAAUUCCCAAUUGAGAGAAGGAGUCAGGAUGUUGCAAACGCUCGAGAAGUCAGAGUGCAAUGUAAAGGCUUUAGCUCGUUGCUACUUCAAGCUGGGUGAGCUGCAGCUGCUGAAAGAUUUACCUCUGGAUGAGCUUUCCAAGGCAGAAUAUCUCUUGUCCCCCGCUGAAGCUCUUCGGGAAAUUGGCAACCAAGAGUCCUUCGAGGCUCAGCUGCUUUGUGGCAAACUGCACAUGCAGCUAAAGAACUAUUCAGAUUCCCUGAACUGCGUGCUGAAGGCCACUCGUCUGCGUCCGCACUUCGCCGAGUGCUUCGACUAUCUGGGCAGGCUGUAUCCGCUGGCAACUGGGGACUUGUCACGUGCCCGCAAGUGCUAUGAAAAGUGCAUCAGUCUCAAUGCCCUGGCCGAGGAAGCUGUCGAUGCGCUGAGUUUCAUCUACCAGGAACUGGGCGAGGAGGAGCUAAACGAGACGCUUCUUCUAAACACUUUGCGGCAUCUGGGCAGCGACGAAUCAAUCCGACUGCAGUACAAGCUGGGACUGCACUUUUUGCAAGUGAAGAAGUGGGACAACGCCAUCCAAUGCUUCCGGAUUGCCAUCAAGCACGACUCGCGCUGCAUGGUCUACUGGGAGUCGUUGGGCGAUGCUUAUGCCGCGCGUGGAUCCUACAACUCGGCAAUUCGGGUCUUCCAAAAGAUUCUCGAGCUGUCCCCGGAGAAUAGUUAUGCUCUGCUCCAAAUAGCCUCUAUUAAAACGACAAUUCGCAUGUAUUCCGAGGCAAUUGAAGAUUACGAUACGCUGCUAAGGCUAAAUCCUAGUUACCUGCCUGGGUUAAGAGGUGCAGCAGAGGCGCAUAUUGGCUUGGCGAACAGUUUUAAGAGCCAGAACUUGUAUGGCAGGUCAAAGCAGCAUUUUCAAUUAGCUGUGGGCCACCUUCAAAGUGCCUUUCUUCAGCCAGAGGCACAGAGCAUGGUCUGGCUGUGGCGCCUCUCGGCCAGCGUGUUCGUACAAACGGCCCAACUACCGCCCUCCUUGGCCAACUUGGAUGUGGCUGGAAGUCUGGCCAAGCGCGAUGAACCCAUUGCGUAUCUGUCGCGCAAGGAUCUCCUGCAGCUGGCUCAACGCUUCUAUCUUUGCGCUUUGAAGCUGAAGCAGAACACCUACCUGUGGUAUGAGCUGUCGCUGGCUAGCUACUACAGUGCCCUCUUCAUUCCUGAGGAGGCCAAGGGUCACCUGGAGACAGCGGCAAAGGUAUGCAAGAUGGCCAUCAAAGAGCGGAGCAAUCGAUGGCAGAAUUGGAAUCUACUCGGAGUGAUCAACAUGCAUUCUGAAUAUGAGAAUCUGCCGCUGGCACAGCACUGCCUCAUUCAGGCGGUGGAGCUGGAACGGAAAUGUUUCACGGCUUGGACCAAUCUCGGAGUGCUGUACAUCCAGUUGAAUGAAACCCGACUGGCCAAUGAGGCCUUCAAGCGAGCCCAGCAAUCGAGUCCCGUGUACGCCAACGCUUGGAUAGGCCAGGCCAUCCUGGCGGAGACGAUUGGUGACCGCGAGGAGGCCUUCGACCUGUUCCGCCAUUGCCAGCAGUUCGAUUACCACCCGGAGUCGGCUCUCGGUUUCGCGCAUUGGGUGUGCGAGAUGCUAUCGGAUCCGGAGUCUCGGAACAAGCAGCACAUCAGGCAUGCCAUCGAUCACAUGUACGCGGAUGUCUAUGCACUGGAUGCCAUCAAUUGGUACGUGCAAAAUGAGGAGGCAGAUGCUAGUAUCGCAUCGCUGUCGUUUCAGGGAUUUUUGUACGCCCGGAAAAAACUGUAUCGUCAAGCGAUCGAAGCAUUCACCCGCGCCUGCAACAUAUGCCAGCCUGGAGCGGAUCGAGACAAGCUCUAUACGAAUUUGGGAUACCUCUAUCUUAAACUUGACCAACCGGAGCAGGCAGUAAACGCACUAAACACUGUGGCCCAUGCCACAUUUAAACCAAUUAUUGGCCUGGCCCAGGCGUACUACCGAUCCGGACAGCUGCAGGAAUCCUAUUCGAUUUACAACUCUGUGUUGAGCAACGUGGUGGGCCAAGAUGAUGAUAAGGCGGCCACCAUUCUGGUGGCCAUGGCAUCCAUGAUAUACGCUUUCCAGGGAGAAGCAGACACUAAAACGCUACUCUGUCAGUGUGUCCUGUUAAAGGAAGUGCCCAUUCAGGCCCUGUACUCUGCCUUUGCCUUGGGCAUAAUUCAUAGGGAUAACGAGUUGAGCCAGACAAUAAUGACAGAGCUGAGUGCGUACGCUUUCAAGGAGGAGUAUUGUGCCGAGGUGUCCUACCUGACGGCCAACUAUAUCCUGAUAAACGAGGGUGCACGCAAGGCGUUGUGCUAUCUACAGUCCCGAGUCCGAAUGUAUCCCCAUUCCGCUGGACUUCGCAAGGUGUUGCUUAAGUUUCUUCUUGACUAUUUCCUGGAGGAACGGUCCCAUCAACUGGCCACCUCGAACAUGGCUCUGAUAGCUCUUACACUGGGCCAUACCAAUCAGCAGAAUGGCAUAUUGGCCAGCGAGGAGGCACAGACGACCAUCUAUGCCAGCCAGGCCGUGAGUGCAGUGGACAAGGUCUGCUCCCUGAAGCUGGUGCAGCGCGCAAUCCGACUGAAUCCCGCAGACCAGCAAGCCAGGCAAUUACUUUCCGCCAUAUCGGCUCAUUGAUAAUAAUACCCAAUAAAAAUUGCGAUUUGAAA